AUGUACGUAGCAAUGUUUGGCACAGUUGCCCGAUUUUGGUCUAGUUUUGGGAUUCAGAAGAAAGAAGACCGAGCAGCAGCCCGAUCGAGGAUUCAGAAGAAAGAAGACCGAGCAGCAGCCCGAUCGAGGAUUCAGAAGAAAGAAGACCGAGCAGCAGCCCGAUCGAGGAUUCAGAAGAAAGAAGACCGAGCAGAAGCAGCGCAAACGAGUCCAUCGCGACGCCCCAAGAUGCCGCGAGGAGCCGAAGGUAAGGCUUCGGAGCCACAACUCGAGAACUUUCUUGCAGCAAUGGUUGAACAAAUGCGGAUUCAACAUGAAGAAAUGAAAACGCUGCUCACCGCCUUGGCACCCACGCAGAGAACCACCGUCCAGGACGUCAGCAAGGAUUAA